AAUCUGCCUUUUAACGUACGGGAAUAAUUCUAUAGAGCAGCAGAACAAGUAGUCAUCACCAUUUAUUAUUUUCUUGGAAUUCAAACAUUUUAUGACACCGAUUAACCAUUCUAAUAAAUACAGUGAAAUUGGCAUUCCCCCAGUCAUAAUAACAAAAGUAUACCGCUAAUCAACACGAUGGGAAGAAAUAUAUGCAUGAAAGAACAUUUGAUUUUACUGGUCUCACAUUCUUCAAAACAGUGAUUCAAAAUUUGACUAAGGUAAAAACAAGAAAACAAGAAAUAAAUCAUUUACAUGACGUGUCAGCAGAUCGCAGAGCCCAAGACGCGAUUUGAAGCGAUCGUUAUCACGUCCCGCCCUCGAGCACGCCGUCAAUCAUUCACAUGCGCCUCAUUUCAAUCCCAGCAUGCACCUGACACUAAACGAGCGCUCCCUUACAACAUCCCGACGAACCCUAACCCUAACAUGGCGGGAGGAACACCUGCGCGCGUAUCAUUGGCUCUUCACGCCGCGUGGCUCCUGUGUGGCGCCGCGCUGUGCGUGCCUAGAGAAAUAUUCCAAGACUUUGACGUCGAUGGCGGACGAGAUCUCGAUAUUUUCGAAAUCAAUGAAGAAACAAAGUAGGAACUCCGUCGUAGGCGAAGAGUACAGAUGGCCCACGACCAUCCCAUACUACAUGGAGGACGACCUGGACAUCAAUGCAAAAGGUGUGAUCCUGAAGGCCUUUGAGCAGUACCGCCUUAAGACCUGCAUCGACUUCAAGCCGUGGAGUGGAGAAGCAAACUACAUCGCCAUCUUUAAAGGCACCGGCUGCUUCUCCUCGGUGGGCAACCAGCGUGUCGGCAGGCAGCGUCUGUCCAUCGGCAAAAACUGCGACCGCGUCGCCACCGUCGAACACGAGUUCUUGCACGCUUUGGGCUUCUGGCACGAGCAGUCCAGAGCAGACCGGGACGACUACGUGCAAAUCAUGUGGGAGCGCAUCUCAGCCGGCCGAGAGCACAACUUCAAGGUCCACAAUGACACCACCUCCAGCUCGCUGGGCGUCCCCUACGACUACGGCUCCAUGAUGCACUACAGCAAGACUGCCUUCAGCAAGGGCUCCGAGCCCACCAUCGUCACAAAGAUCAACUCCUUCGCCGACGUCGUCGGCCAGAGGAUGGAGUUCAGCGACAGCGACCUGCUCAAGCUGUCCCGCCUCUACAACUGCACUCGGGGCUCCACCUUUCUGGACUCGUGCGACUUUGAACGGGAUAACAUCUGCGGGAUGAUUCGGGGGCCGGGGGACCGGGAGGACUGGCGCAGGCUAUCCGAGGCAGCAGGGGGACCCGACGCAGAUUACUCCAAUAUGGGAAAAUGCACUGGAUCUGGCUAUUUCAUGCACUUCAACACGAGCACGGCCAUCAUCGGCGACACGGCCCGUCUGGAGAGUCGAAUCCUGUACCCCAAGCGAGGCUACCAAUGUCUGCAGUUCUUCUUCUACAACAGCGGCGGCCCAGAGGAUUCGCUCAAGAUCUUCGCGCGGGAGUACGACAACGCUAACCCUGCUGGGACGCUGCGCUUGAUCGCCACCGUCGACGGACCCCCUCAGGACCUGUGGCAGCUGCACCACGUCAGCCUGAACGUCACAAAGAAGUUCCGUGUGGUCUUCCAGGGCACCAAGGGAGCCGCGGGUCCAUCUUCAGGUGGACUGUCUCUGGAUGACAUCAACAUCUCGGAGACCGCGUGUCCCGAGUUCACGUGGCGCGUCAAGAACUUCAGCCAUGUCAUGGAGAGCACCCGCUUGGGCACGGCCAUCUACAGUCCGCCCUUCACCUCCAAGGAGGGCUACACCUUCCAGAUGAAGCUCUAUCCCAGCGGGAAGACCGACUCUCCCGGGCGAAUGGCGGCCUACGUGAACCUGGUGGCCCGCGAGGGGGACGUCGGGCAGACAUGGCCUUGCCGUUGGAAACAAAUGACCAUGACGCUCAUGGACCAGCACCCACACAUCCAGAAACGCAUGUCCAACCAGCGCAGCAUCACCACCGAUCCCAACAAGACGUCUUCAGGCAGCAGCGAGCUCUUCUGGGACGACCCUCGAAAGGUGGGCGUCGAGGUGACGGACACGGACGGCUCCAAGUACUUCCGGGGGCCCGGCGCCGGCACCUCAGCGUACCUCACCCACCUGAGAGCCAAGAGCAGGGACUUCAUCAAGGGAGGGGACGCCAUCUUUAUGCUCAGCAUGGAGGACGCGUCUCAUCUGACUGCAAGCCAACCUUGGCCUACAAGCGCAAGCCCUUCUCCUUCAUCCUUGAACACCGCGCCCGCCACCGGCACCUCCAGCACCAGGUCGCCGCCGGAUGAAUGCGCGUACGUGCAGUGUCAGAAUGACGGCGUGUGCGUGCAGGCGCAAGGGAAGGCUGUUUGCAGGUGUGCCGCGGGGGGCGACUGGUGGUUCUACGGCGACAACUGCCAGCACAGAGGCUCGACGUCGGAGAGCCGCACCCUCGCGCUGGCCUCCUCGUUGUCCGUGCUGGGAGUCAUGCUGGUGGUGAGCGCGACCGCCGCCGUUUGCCUGAAGAAGAAGUACAAGAAGCGUCGUUUUGAGAAUAGCCUGGUCAUGGGGAACAGCGGCCGACUAGCAUGAAAUGUCACAGAAUGAUCAAAAAGGACAAAGUGAAAGAAUUCACUUUGCAAGACGACGGUGAUAUGAUCAUACCGUUUGUAUCCGAUUGCCCCUUGCCGGCCACACAAUGUCAAUUUGAUCGGUAAUUUCGUACAGCAAAUUGCAAUCAGGAAACACACAGACAUUGGAGUUUAUAUUCACAAAUUUAAAAUUUAUUAUACCAAAGACGGGAACAUCUGUGUUGUCUCUUUUCCACGUGGAUAUAUAUUUGUUUGUAUUACUGAGCUCGACAUGAUCAUGCCGCUGGUAACGAUUACUGCUGGAGGCGUGCUGUGUUAUGAAAAUAGAAUGUCAAUCUCCAUGUAUGUGUAAAAAAAUCAAUCAGUCUAUUAGUGUUUAUUAGAUACAGUGUUGACUACAGGACAUCAAAAAUAAAAAAUAACACGUG